CGACUGCAGAUCGGAUUGUCCCCGGUUCAAACCGGAUGCACCGCCGGAGAUUGUCUUGAGAGUGAGGCGGGUUCUUAAAAUGUCGUGAAUAUGGGAUGGCUCCCAAUCAUCCAUCGGACAUUCUUCACCCGGACUGCGGUUCUAUCAUCACUUUUGAUUAUUCUCUCGUUGGACAUCGACGCAAAUCUUUGUAAAAAAACUAUACGUGUGAGCAAUCAAUUGUUUCUUCUCCCGUACAGAUUUUUCAUGAAACUGCGCUUAGGUUCCGUGUGGUGUUUCUGAAGGUGAUUGAGCGUUAUCUUUUAUCGUCAGUGUUGGGCCCAUUUGAAACUGUAAACGUUUGUUUAUAAGUCGGAAUUGGACGGAUUUAUCAAGUUGGGAUGUUCGCUGUACCCGGUCCGACUGUCUUGAUUUGGCAACCCAAAGAUGCCAACACGUUCGGACACGCCGCCCUGCGGACCGACAAGUACCACAUCAGUUUGUGGCCAUUCAGAGGCAAAGAAUUGCGAAUUUCUGAGGCAUCGAUAACUGGCCGUCUCCAUUUUCACGAGAAAUUAGAUUGGAUCUCGGAAGGCAGUCGUGAAAAUCCCGUGAAACCCACCAUUCAACACGAAAUCGUCAACGUCACUAACCUCGCCAUCAACUGCGUCUAUGAAGAGUUCCUCCGUUACAACAAAAUAAAUCCGGAAGAAGUGACGUUGGAAGCAGCGAGUAGAAAACCUUUCCAGUUGUGUCAUAGACAGCUUCCUCGGACUCGCUACUCUCUGGUUGGCGACGUCAUAGUCGACAAGAGAAUUAAGAAACCUUAUUCUCAUCUACUCUUCUUCAUCAAGCGUUGCUUGACACCUGGUUGGGGUAACAUUGAUGUCUGUCGUGAUUGUAUUGGUAAGGUGACGACCAAUCAAUCGACCCACGUUACCUGCCCAUUCUACCAUAAGGCUCAAAGUUGCGUAACGAUUUGUUUCAAUCUUAUCGAAAUGGCCGAUCCUAGUCGCCUUGUCUGUUUGGUGGAGGCUCGCAACAAUACCAAAAAGACUCUCUGGUCUAGAUUUUGGCAAAUAGUUUUUCUGGGUGGUGGUGGGAUAUGCCUUGAGAUUACCGUGCCAAAUUUUGAGAAACAUGUCGUCAAAAAAUAUUGGAUCAAAGGUGGCUAACGAGUCCAUUACGAUGCCAAAGAUUUUCAAAAGCGCUCCCGUUUCCUAAUGAUGUCGGAGAAUUUCUUUAAGAAAGUUUUUAUGGUGGGUCCAACAAUCUUUUUUCUGGCGUGGCUUCACAAUUGUUUAAAUUAUUCAUUUCUUUAUUUAUUCGGGUUAACUUGGAUUAUUCACUUGAUUUAUUUCGUGUUGUUGUAUCUGGCGAUGAAGUUGUUCCCUUCUGUGCGUUUACCGAAAUUAGUUGCGUUCGUGAGCGGUUUCCCUUGCAUCAUAGUUUUGUUGUAUCACAUUUACUAUUCAUAUCCCACGAAAAUUGACGCGUUUCAUUUAGAAAUGGGUGGCAUUCAAAAAUUCUUUGCCAAGUUUGGUUCCAAUAUUAUUGAUUUUUGUUGCUUCCUUUUCUUUGUGGAAAUCUCCGAGUUCAUUUUCCGGUUUGUCGUUGACACUUUAGUCGAUUAGUUUAUCAUAGCGGACGAUCUUUGGAAAUUUGUGUAAUUUUUGCGACACACAAUAAUGAAUCGAUGACAAAAUAUAAUGGAGACUUAUACUAA